AAACUUCAACGUGGGCAUAGUAAGUUCUCUGCCUACCCCUCCGUUUCGUGGCAAUCGCUAUCUCUAAGUCAAGUAUAUUUUUAAAUUGAAUUUAGUAGCACAAAAUACGCCCGCUGGGUGUAAAUCCCCACGUGUCAAGCUUGGUUAGGCGAUAGUCCGCAAGAUCGCGCCAUCGUCGCUCCACUUUGAAGUGGGAGGCCAUGGAGGCGGAACUUCAGCAGCUUGCAACCGUCUUUCAGCAAACCCUUUCACCGGAUAAGGAUGCGAUCAAGGCUGCAGAGCAGCAACUGAAGGCGCUAGCCCAGCAGCCUGGGUACUGCAUGAAGGUUCUGAAGCUCACGGCCACGCCCAUAGAUGACAGCAUCCGUCAGUCGGCGGCAGUGAACCUCAAGAACGUCGUCAAAUACCGUUGGGUGCCAAGCGAAGCUGAUCUCUAUGGAGGUGCGCAGCCACUCCCAGAUACCGAGAAGGUCCAAAUUAAGCAACUGCUCGUGGGUGUGACGCUGUCUACGCCGCCGCGCGUUUCAGCUCAGCUAAGCGAGGCGAUGUCCAUCAUCUGCGCCUACGACUUCCCGGCCAAGUGGCCCGAGCUGCUGCCGGAACUGGUGUCGAAGCUGGCCACGGACGACUUGACGGUCGUGCGCGGCGUGUUGCAGAUAGCGAACAACGUGUUCAAGCGGUUCCGCGGCCAGCCGUCCAGCAACAACGCGCUGGCUCAGGAGCUGGACAUGUGCCAGCAGCUAUUCCUGAGGCCGCUGCAUGAGACGACCGUGAAGCUCGCGGGGCUGUUCCCGGCGCUGUCAACGGCGGGGGGCCCCGCCGCCAACGUAGAGCCGCUGAAGCAGCUGUUGAGUUGCAUUCGCCUGAGCUUCAGGAUCUUCCACUCGCUGUGCUCGAUGGGGCUGUCGGAGGCGACCGAGGCGGAGCUGGGCUUCUGGAUGGACGAGAUGCACAAGAUGCUGACGUACGAGAACCCCGCGUUGGACGAGCAGGAACCAGAGAAGGAGAGCGUGCUGGAUGGCGUGAAGACGGCCGUGUGCCAGUCCGUGGACCUCCUGUUGGAGAUUGACGAGGACACCUUCAAGCCGUACCUGCAGCGCUUCGCCGCGUCGGUGUGGCAGGUGCUCAUGAAGAUUUCCCACAAGCCGGGUCAGGACAACCUGGCGAUGGCCGCCAUCAAGUUCCUCAACACAAUUGCCAAGGGCGUCUUCUCAAACCUCUUUUCGGCGGAUGGCGCGCUGCAGCAGAUCUGCGAAUCCGUCAUCGUGCCCAACCUGCGUGUGCGGCCCGAGGACGAGGAGAUGUUCGAGAUGAACCCCACGGAGUACAUUCGGCGCGACGCGGAGGGGGGCGACAGCGACACGAGACGCCGCGCGGCCGCUGACCUUGUUCGAUCACUUACGGAGCGCUUCCCAGCGGAGGUCUCCCGGCUAUUUACCGGCUACAUCACUGCGGCCCUGGCGGACUACGCAGCGUCUCCCGCCACAAACUGGCGGUCGAAGGACUGCGCCAUUUACAUGGUCACCGCGCUGUCCGUCAAGGGCCGCACCGCCGCCCAUGGGGCCACCAGCACGACGCAGCUGGUGAACCUGUUGGAGUUCUUCUCCGCGCAGGUGCUGCCGGAGCUGCAGAACCCCAAGAUCAACGAGAAUCCGCUCCUGAAGGCCGAUGCCAUCAAGUUUGUCACGACGUUCAGGUCCCUGCUUCCCAAGGAGGCCUGCCUCGCUAGCGUGCCCUGCCUGGUGGCGCUCCUUGCCUCCGAGUACUGCGUGGUCCACAGCUACGCCGCCAUCUGCUUGGAGCGCCUGCUCAGCCUCAAGGAGCCGGGGCAGAAGACGCUGCGCUUCACGCCGGUGGAUCUUGGGCCCAACUUGUCGGUCCUCCUUGAGCGGCUGUUUGCGGGCUUCAAGCUCCCGGACAGCUCCGAGAACGAAUACCUCAUGAAGGCUAUCAUGCGCGUCAUCGGCUUUGUCGGGCCCGCCAUCUCGCCUGUCUCGGGAGUCUGCUUGCAGCGCCUGGCGGCCAUGCUGGUGGAGGUGUGCCGCAACCCGCGCAACCCCUCAUUCAACCACUACCUCUUCGAGAGCGUGGCGGCGCUCAUCCGCCAUGGCACCGCCGCCAAUCCCGCCAGCAUCGUCGAGUAUGAGCAGGCGCUCUUCCCGGCAUUUGAGCUAGUGUUGCAGCAGGACGUGCAGGAGUUUCAUCCGUACGUCUUUCAAGUCUUCUCGCAGCUCAUCGAGCUCCGCCCGGCACCGCUGCCGCAGCUGUAUCUCCAAAUUUUCCCGCCGCUGUUAUCGCCCAUGUUCUGGGAGCGGUCGGGCAACGUGCCAGCGCUGGUUCGACUGCUGCAGGCCUAUCUGACGAAGGCGCCCAACGAGGUCGUGUCUGGUGGCCACCUAGUGGCGGUGUUGGGCGUAUUCCAGAAGCUUCUAGCGUCCCGCGCUCACGACCACGAGGGCUUUUACAUCGUCAACGCGAUCGUGGAGUCGUUGCCGCUGCAGGCGUAUGUGCAGUACCUCCCGUCUAUCUGGACGCUCAUGUUCCAGCGACUAAGCAGCUUCAAGACCCCGAAGUUUUGCCGGUUCUUUUGCGUGUUCCUGGCGCUGUUCGUGUGCAAGUACGGUGCAGCGGUGGCCGCUGAGCAGCUCGACAAGGUGCAGCCCGGCAUCAUCUACAUGCUGCUGCAGCAGGUGUGGCUCCCGACCGUGCCCUCCAUCGAGGGCUCCGACGAGGAGAAGCUGGUGACGGUGGCGAGCGUCAAACUCAUCACCGAGCUGCCGGGUUUCGGAGCUACCGGCGCACACGCGGCGCUGUGGGCAGCGGUGCGCAAGGGGCUUGUGGACAAGGUCUCUGGAGGCGGCGCGGCCAAGGGCGGGUCGGUGGAGCAGGAGGACGAAGACCAAGACUUCGAAGAGAUGCAGGUAGGAGAUGCAAGAUAG